AUGGCGAAGGUUGACGGCUGGACAGAGUGGAGCGACUGGGGUCCGUGCAGCCAGCCCUGUGACGGCGGCGUCACGCGACAGACGCGCAUCUGUCACCGGGAACACGGCUGUCCCGGCCUGGGCGUGCGCCGGCAAAUGUGCAACAUGCAGGUCUGUGUGAACGCCACUGACCCUCGGGUGGCUCAGUGCGCCGCGUACGACCACCGUCGGCACAGCGACGGGCGCCGCUACCGAUGGGAGCCCUACCCGGACCUCACCGAGCCGUGCGCCCUCACCUGCCGAGCGAUUGGCACCGGCCUGGUGCGGCAACUCUCGCCAAGGGUUAUCGAUGGAACCAGGUGCCGAGAUGGGAGCUUGGACAUCUGCAUCGACGGAAAGUGUGAGCCUCUCGGGUGUGACCUGCGAAUCGGCUCAAACCGCACAGUGGAUGUGUGCGGAGUGUGCGGCGGCGACGGAUCCAGCUGCAGCACGGCACACCACUUCUGGAAGGAGAAGGAGAUCGCACCCUGCUCGGCCACCUGCGGUGGAGGAUUUCAAGUGAUGCGGCCGGUGUGCACAAGUCGAACAACCGGUAUCGAGGUAUCGGAACAGUUCUGUGAUUUCCGUCUGCGACCUCGCGACCGUCUGAUGGAGUGUGCCCUGACGCCGUGCCAAGCCAGCUGGACCACUGACGAGUGGGGCCAAUGCAGCUCCUCCUGUGACGGAGGCCACAAACGACGCAAAGUCUGGUGCGCCGAAAUGGUCAACGGAACGCUGAUUCAGGUCUCUGAGGCACGCUGCAGUGGCAAUCGUCCCACCAGCCAGGAACCGUGCAACUUCGUCGCCUGUCCCAAAUGGUACCAGGGGCCCUGGUCGCAGUGUUCGGUGACCUGCGGGGACUCGGGUCAGCAGACUCGGGCCGUGUUCUGUCGGGACGCUCGCGGUCAUCUCAGCGAGGCCUGCGACCCGAAACUGAAGCCCCGGGGCCGCCAACCGUGCUCCAGUCUGAUGCCCUGCCCUCUCAGUCAGGUCAAGGACUCACACAGUGCACAUAUACCGUACCAGCUGCCGCUAUCGCACGCCCAGCCCGUGUUCCCGGCAGCAGUCGAGUCCAGCCAACAGCUCACGCCCAGCACAGACCCCAAGUUCGUGGCGGACACGUGGGGCGAAUGCUCGGUGACCUGCGGUGAGGGACUGCGCAGGCGCAAGGUCGAGUGCAAGGUCUACCUGGAGUUCUCUCAGACUCUGGUCACGCUGCCUCCCAGGGAGUGUGGCAGCCACCCACCGGCCGACCUGGAGCGCUGCAUUCUGCCGCCCUGCCUCGGGUUGAGGUCGGGAGACAGCUACCACCAGCCGUUCCGGCAGCAGCACCAGCAGCGGAGCAGUGACAAGACACCGCGUCACACCUACGACGCCCUGUACGACGUCAACGACCCGCCCGCGUUCGACCACUUCUCGAGCUCGGAGUUGCCUCUCGGGGACACUGCCGUGCACUCUGACCCGUUCUCGAGCCCCGAGCACCACGGUCGACCCCACCUUGACCCGUUCUCGAGCCCCGAAAUCGACUCUCCGCGUGACGACUACCGAGACGGAGAUGAUCUCUUCUCCAGUCCGGAGGUCAACCCUUUUGACGACGACUUCGGCAGUCCGGAGGAUGUCGCCGGCCCGGAUCCUCCUCUUCGCCACCAUCCGGACCAGUUCUCCAGUCCGGAGCGCCCGAUCGACUCGAUGGUCCGACUGAGGACGCACAUGUUUAACGGCGGGCGCACCUACCAGGACGUGGCCGGCUCGUUCGAGCUGCUCGGAGGGAUGAGGAAGGGCGGUCGUGGCGGUGCCGGUGACGGGAGAGAACUGGAUAGCGGCGUGGUGGUUAUCCGACCCAAGGAGGCCCAGCCGCCGCCCGAGCCGCCUGAACAGGCCAGGUUCGUCUGGAAGAAGGCGGGGUUCACUCCGUGCAGCUCCUCCUGCCUCGGCGGGGUCCAGGAGUCUCUGGUGCAGUGCGUGCGCGUCUCGGACGGGCUGGAAGUCAGCCCCUUCCAGUGCAGUCUGGACACCCGUCCUGACAGCAUCACACGCACCUGUAACGACCAGCCCUGUCCACCGCGGUGGAACGUCACGGAAUUCUCCGCCUGCUCACGGCGCUGCGGAAAAGGUACGCAGACCCGUGAGGUGAGCUGUAUCCAUGAGCUGGCGCGGGGCGAGGGCAACACCCUGACAGUGGCUGACUCGGAGUGUGCCGCCCCGCGACCGGCCGACAACCAGCUGUGCAACAUGGUCACCUGCCCGCCGCGCUGGCAGCCCGAGCCCUGGAGCGAGUGCUCUCGAUCGUGUGGCGGCGGCAUCAAGACUCGCAAGCUGCGCUGUCAGCAGCGAAUGUCCGACGGCAGCGUGGUAGACAAGGCGCCCUCCAUGUGCGGCUCCAAGAGCCCACCGCACAAGAGGCCGUGCAACACGAGAAAGUGCCGCGGUCCGCAGAUCAUCGCCUCUAACCAGUCCUAUGAACAAGAGACGCCUCAGCGGCGGGUCACGCUGAAGAUCGGCGGCUCGGCCGUCGUCUUCGACGGCACCACGGUCCAGCUCAAGUGUCCGGUCCGACACUUCGACAGGUCAAAGAUCGUGUGGACCAAAGACGGUGACCGUAUGACGGGAGGCCGUAAAUACCGCCUCAAGGCGAACGGUCAGGUCAGAGUUCGACACGUCGAGUAUCAUGACGCUGGACGGUACACCUGCAUCGCGGGAGGGGUGACCGCCUCUUUGAACCUGUCGAUUCGACCGAGUCCUUUCGACGAGCCACAGUGGGUCAAAGAGAGGCGACUCAGGAGACAGAAGAAGAAAAAACUCCGAGAGGAGCGGCGGCGGAAGAAACAGCGCAAACUCGAACAGAAACUCGCCGAGGCAGCGGCGGCGGCGCCGCAGUACCCGCCUCAUCGGAGAACGGAGAUGGAGCUGUCCAACACCAUUGAGCAGGUGUCCGAGGGGGGACAGCGCCACUCCGGACCGGUACCCCCGAGCGGCGAAUCACCCGACUCUAUGAACGACGUGCGCGUCAAGUUUGUCUCAGACCAGCAGGCGUCCGACAGCGACCAGCCCAAGCGUGAAGGGACGGCCGUCCGCGACCUUGAGCUCAAGGCGGGUCAGGUCCGGUCGUCGGCCGGCCGGGUCGAGCCGCACUUUCAGCGGCUGGUCUCGGGUCUUCAGGGUCUGGUGCUGGGUAGCGGCAGGAGCCGACAGCGCUCGCGCUGGAGCAGAAAAUCGACCACCACCACGAGCACCACUCCUGGCACCACGCAAAGCACCACCACCACCACCGCUGCUGCCGCCUCAUCCGCCGCUUUCGACACCGUCUCUGACGCCCCCGCCGACACCGAAGGCGACGGUGCUGCCACCGUGCGGGAGGGAGACAGUACAGAUGGCACUGUGGUCGCCGCCCCGGCGCCCAUGGCGGAGGGACCGGAGGGCACGGGUGGCGCCGGGGAGGCGACGGAUUCCUCGCACGGCCUGGACGAGGGGGUGAUCGAGGUCCUCGGUAAAGGCGACCCGUCCGAGGUGCGUUUCGAGUGGCUCAUCACCGACUGGUCUCCGUGCUCUCGCACCUGCGGCGGUAGCGGCUACGAGCUGCGGGCCACCCAGUGCCUGGUCAAGCUGAACAACACGACUCGUACCGUGUCAGCUGCCCUGUGUGAGGACAAAGGUCUGCCCAGCCCGCGCUCGGUGCGGCCGUGCGGCCAGAUGCCCUGUCCCAGCUGGCAUGUCGGCGAGUGGAGGUCGUGCCGCCGCUCGCGCUGCGUCCAGUGGAACUAUGCGAUGCAGAGACGGAAGAUCAGCUGCCGGCUCCCGAACGGCACGACGGUCCACCCGCGACUGUGCGACCGUCGCCAGCGGCCCGACGGCCGCCAGGAGUGCUACAACGACCGGUGUCGCGGCGUGUGGCGCGUCGAGCCGUGGUCCGAGUGUUCGGCCCGCUGCGGAUCGGCUGGCUACCAGACCCGCAUCCUGCGCUGUGUCUGGUCCGGCACCAACAAACCGGCGGGGAACACGUGCCGCGACCAGCCCCGGCCGCUGGUCUACAAGCCCUGUGUCGGCCCUACGUGCCCCCCGGUGCAGGAGUCUCCCGGGGACCCUUCUGGCAGCAUAGCGCAUGAUGAACGCGAUGAUGGGAGUGGCUGUCGAGACCUCAAGAACUUCUGCUCGCGCGCCCGGCGGCUGUCGCUCUGCUCAAUGCAGGACAUCCGCAGCGACUGCUGCCGCACGUGUUUGGACGUCGGUUGAGACGCGGCUGCCACCUGUCGGCCGGACGGGGAACUAGCCGACGGCGCGGCGCCCCUCUCGGGCGCGGCCUGCCUGAUCUCAGCCGGCCCGCCGCCGCCGGCGCUGGCGCCGCUCCUGGCGCCGCUGCUGACGCCGCUACUGGCGCACGGCGGCGGCUGACCCUCGGCAGUGGCAGGCGGGUCGGCUUCGGCCCCUCUACCCGGUGGGAACGACAGCGUGGCAGCCGUGAGCUGCGGACUCGUGUGGGAGCGUGUGAAAGUGCGUGACUAGGGCAGCUGGUCCUCUGCGGCCGAGGACGCCUCUUGUCGGCGGCCUGGCCCGCUCUCGUGAUACCAAUGGACUAUUAUUACCUUAUUUAUGUUGUGACGCGGUAUCCGAACCGCGCGGGCCGCCUCCUCAGUCUCAUUAAUGUGUAUCCCGCCGUGGGGCCGCACGUCGUGCGAGCUUUUCAGUGUUUGUGUACAUACAGGAUAGUUGGCCCGCGGACCGCGUGGUGGCAGCACCGUCUCUCCGCCAGACGGCGCUCAUCCGCUUUAUUCCUGCCGCUUCGCCAGUGUAGGUCUUCCAGCCAACGGCGGCGCUUUGAACGGGCGCCAGCUGAGAGGUCGGGGGACGCUGUUGUUGAGAGGAGUACCGUGUUGUGUCGCGCCGGUUGUGUGUAUUGUGAUGGCCUGGCCGGGGCUGGUGCGGCAGGGCAGGGCGCUGGCCGGUCGGGUGCUAGCCCUCGCUGUCAAGACAUUGUGCCAUACUUACUGUGUACCGGUUCGAUGUUAUUUUUCGAGUCGUGCGUUCGAACUGUUGAAUGGGUAGAAAUGCUUAUAAAUCGCAUCUACUAA